AUGGGGUUUGAAGGGGUGGAGUUCAUUUUUGAGGCGACUCAAAAAUCGAGGAGAAUGGGGUUUGAAGGGGUGGAGUUCAUUUUUGAGGCGACUCAAAAAUCGAGGAGAAUGGGGUUUGAAGGGGUGGAGUUCAUUUUUGAGUCGACUAAAAAAUCGAGGAGAAUGGGGUUUGAAGGGGUGGAGUUCAUUUUUGAGGCGACUCAAAAAUCGAGGAGAAUGGGGUUUGAAGGGGUGGAGUUCAUUUUUGAGUCGACUAAAAAAUCGAGGAGAAUGGGGUUUGAAGGGGUGGAGUUCAUUUUUGAGGCGACUCAAAAAUCGAGGAGAAUGGGGUUUGAAGGGGUGGAGUUCAUUUUUGAGGCGACUCAAAAAUCGAGGAGAAUGGGGUUUGAAGGGGUGGAGUUCAUUUUUGAGGCGACUCAAAAAUCGAGGAGAAUGGGGUUUGAAGGGGUGGAGUUCAUUUUUGAGGCGACUCAAAAAUCGAGGAGAAUGGGGUUUGAAGGGGUGGAGUUCAUUUUUGAGGCGACUCAAAAAUCGAGGAGAAUGGGGUUUGAAGGGGUGGAGUUCAUUUUUGAGGCGACUCAAAAAUCGAGGAGAAUGGGGUUUGAAGGGGUGGAGUUCAUUUUUGAGGCGACUCAAAAAUCGAGGAGAAUGGGGUUUGAAGGGGUGGAGUUCAUUUUUGAGGCGACUCAAAAAUCGAGGAGAAUGGGGUUUGAAGGGGUGGAGUUCAUUUUUGAGGCGACUCAAAAAUCGAGGAGAAUGGGGUUUGAAGGGGUGGAGUUCAUUUUUGAGGCGACUCAAAAAUCGAGGAGAAUGGGGUUUGAAGGGGUGGAGUUCAUUUUUGAGGCGACUCAAAAAUCGAGGAGAAUGGGGUUUGAAGGGGUGGAGUUCAUUUUUGAGGCGACUCAAAAAUCGAGGAGAAUGGGGUUUGAAGGGGUGGAGUUCAUUUUUGAGGCGACUCAAAAAUCGAGGAGAAUGGGGUUUGAAGGGGUGGAGUUCAUUUUUGAGGCGACUCAAAAAUCGAGGAGAAUGGGGUUUGAAGGGGUGGAGUUCAUUUUUGAGGCGACUCAAAAAUCGAGGAGAAUGGGGUUUGAAGGGGUGGAGUUCAUUUUUGAGGCGACUCAAAAAUCGAGGAGAAUGGGGUUUGAAGGGGUGGAGUUCAUUUUUGAGGCGACUCAAAAAUCGAGGAGAAUGGGGUUUGAAGGGGUGGAGUUCAUUUUUGAGGCGACUCAAAAAUCGAGGAGAAUGGGGUUUGAAGGGGUGGAGUUCAUUUUUGAGGCGACUCAAAAAUCGAGGAGAAUGGGGUUUGAAGGGGGGUGGAGUUCAUUUUUGAGGCGACUCAAAAAAUCGAGGAGAAUGGGGUUUGAAGGGGUGGAGUUCAUUUUUGAGGCGACUCAAAAAUCGAGGAGAAUGGGGUUUGAAGGGGUGGAGUUCAUUUUUGAGGCGACUCAAAAAUCGAGGAGAAUGGGGUUUGAAGGGGUGGAGUUCAUUUUUGAGGCGACUCAAAAAUCGAGGAGAAUGGGGUUUGAAGGGGUGGAGUUCAUUUUUGAGGCGACUCAAAAAUCGAGGAGAAUGGGGUUUGAAGGGGUGGAGUUCAUUUUUGAGGCGACUCAAAAAUCGAGGAGAAUGGGGUUUGAAGGGGUGGAGUUCAUUUUUGAGGCGACUCAAAAAUCGAGGAGAAUGGGGUUUGAAGGGGUGGAGUUCAUUUUUGAGGCGACUCAAAAAUCGAGGAGAAUGGGGUUUGAAGGGGUGGAGUUCAUUUUUGAGGCGACUCAAAAAUCGAGGAGAAUGGGGUUUGAAGGGGUGGAGUUCAUUUUUGAGGCGACUCAAAAAUCGAGGAGAAUGGGGUUUGAAGGGGUGGAGUUCAUUUUUGAGGCGACUCAAAAAUCGAGGAGAAUGGGGUUCGAAGGGGUGGAGUUCAUUUUUGAGGCGACUAAAAAAUCGAGGAGAAUGGGGUUUGAAGGGGUGGAGUUCAUUUUUGAGGCGACUCAAAAAUCGAGGAGAAUGGGGUUUGAAGGGGUGGAGUUCAUUUUUGAGUCGACUAAAAAAUCGAGGAGAAUGGGGUUUGAAGGGGUGGAGUUCAUUUUUGAGGCGACUCAAAAAUCGAGGAGAAUGGGGUUUGAAGGGGUGGAGUUCAUUUUUGAGGCGACUCAAAAAUCGAGGAGAAUGGGGUUUGAAGGGGUGGAGUUCAUUUUUGAGGCGACUCAAAAAUCGAGGAGAAUGGGGUUUGAAGGGGUGGAGUUCAUUUUUGAGGCGACUCAAAAAUCGAGGAGAAUGGGGUUUGAAGGGGUGGAGUUCAUUUUUGAGGCGACUCAAAAAUCGAGGAGAAUGGGGUUUGAAGGGGUGGAGUUCAUUUUUGAGGCGACUCAAAAAUCGAGGAGAAUGGGGUUUGAAGGGGUGGAGUUCAUUUUUGAGGCGACUCAAAAAUCGAGGAGAAUGGGGUUUGAAGGGGUGGAGUUCAUUUUUGAGGCGACUCAAAAAUCGAGGAGAAUGGGGUUUGAAGGGGUGGAGUUCAUUUUUGAGGCGACUCAAAAAUCGAGGAGAAUGGGGUUUGAAGGGGUGGAGUUCAUUUUUGAGGCGACUCAAAAAUCGAGGAGAAUGGGGUUUGAAGGGGUGGAGUUCAUUUUUGAGGCGACUCAAAAAUCGAGGAGAAUGGGGUUUGAAGGGGUGGAGUUCAUUUUUGAGGCGACUCAAAAAUCGAGGAGAAUGGGGUUUGAAGGGGUGGAGUUCAUUUUUGAGGCGACUCAAAAAUCGAGGAGAAUGGGGUUUGAAGGGGUGGAGUUCAUUUUUGAGGCGACUCAAAAAUCGAGGAGAAUGGGGUUUGAAGGGGUGGAGUUCAUUUUUGAGGCGACUCAAAAAUCGAGGAGAAUGGGGUUUGAAGGGGUGGAGUUCAUUUUUGAGGCGACUCAAAAAUCGAGGAGAAUGGGGUUUGAAGGGGUGGAGUUCAUUUUUGAGGCGACUCAAAAAUCGAGGAGAAUGGGGUUUGAAGGGGUGGAGUUCAUUUUUGAGGCGACUCAAAAAUCGAGGAGAAUGGGGUUUGAAGGGGUGGAGUUCAUUUUUGAGGCGACUCAAAAAUCGAGGAGAAUGGGGUUUGAAGGGGUGGAGUUCAUUUUUGAGGCGACUCAAAAAUCGAGGAGAAUGGGGUUUGAAGGGGUGGAGUUCAUUUUUGAGGCGACUCAAAAAUCGAGGAGAAUGGGGUUUGAAGGGGUGGAGUUCAUUUUUGAGGCGACUCAAAAAUCGAGGAGAAUGGGGUUUGAAGGGGUGGAGUUCAUUUUUGAGGCGACUCAAAAAUCGAGGAGAAUGGGGUUUGAAGGGGUGGAGUUCAUUUUUGAGGCGACUCAAAAAUCGAGGAGAAUGGGGUUUGAAGGGGUGGAGUUCAUUUUUGAGGCGACUCAAAAAUCGAGGAGAAUGGGGUUUGAAGGGGUGGAGUUCAUUUUUGAGGCGACUCAAAAAUCGAGGAGAAUGGGGUUUGAAGGGGUGGAGUUCAUUUUUGAGGCGACUCAAAAAUCGAGGAGAAUGGGGUUUGAAGGGGUGGAGUUCAUUUUUGAGGCGACUCAAAAAUCGAGGAGAAUGGGGUUUGAAGGGGUGGAGUUCAUUUUUGAGGCGACUCAAAAAUCGAGGAGAAUGGGGUUUGAAGGGGUGGAGUUCAUUUUUGAGGCGACUCAAAAAUCGAGGAGAAUGGGGUUUGAAGGGGUGGAGUUCAUUUUUGAGGCGACUCAAAAAUCGAGGAGAAUGGGGUUUGAAGGGGUGGAGUUCAUUUUUGAGGCGACUCAAAAAUCGAGGAGAAUGGGGUUUGAAGGGGUGGAGUUCAUUUUUGAGGCGACUCAAAAAUCGAGGAGAAUGGGGUUUGAAGGGGUGGAGUUCAUUUUUGAGUCGACUAAAAAAUCGAGGAGAAUGGGGUUUGAAGGGGUGGAGUUCAUUUUUGAGGCGACUCAAAAAUCGAGGAGAAUGGGGUUUGAAGGGGUGGAGUUCAUUUUUGAGGCGACUCAAAAAUCGAGGAGAAUGGGGUUUGAAGGGGUGGAGUUCAUUUUUGAGGCGACUCAAAAAUCGAGGAGAAUGGGGUUUGAAGGGGUGGAGUUCAUUUUUGAGGCGACUCAAAAAUCGAGGAGAAUGGGGUUUGAAGGGGUGGAGUUCAUUUUUGAGGCGACUCAAAAAUCGAGGAGAAUGGGGUUUGAAGGGGUGGAGUUCAUUUUUGAGGCGACUCAAAAAUCGAGGAGAAUGGGGUUUGAAGGGGUGGAGUUCAUUUUUGAGGCGACUCAAAAAUCGAGGAGAAUGGGGUUUGAAGGGGUGGAGUUCAUUUUUGAGGCGACUCAAAAAUCGAGGAGAAUGGGGUUUGAAGGGGUGGAGUUCAUUUUUGAGGCGACUCAAAAAUCGAGGAGAAUGGGGUUUGAAGGGGUGGAGUUCAUUUUUGAGGCGACUCAAAAAUCGAGGAGAAUGGGGUUUGAAGGGGUGGAGUUCAUUUUUGAGGCGACUCAAAAAUCGAGGAGAAUGGGGUUUGAAGGGGUGGAGUUCAUUUUUGAGGCGACUCAAAAAUCGAGGAGAAUGGGGUUUGAAGGGGUGGAGUUCAUUUUUGAGGCGACUCAAAAAUCGAGGAGAAUGGGGUUUGAAGGGGUGGAGUUCAUUUUUGAGGCGACUCAAAAAUCGAGGAGAAUGGGGUUUGAAGGGGUGGAGUUCAUUUUUGAGGCGACUCAAAAAUCGAGGAGAAUGGGGUUUGAAGGGGUGGAGUUCAUUUUUGAGUCGACUAAAAAAUCGAGGAGAAUGGGGUUUGAAGGGGUGGAGUUCAUUUUUGAGGCGACUCAAAAAUCGAGGAGAAUGGGGUUUGAAGGGGUGGAGUUCAUUUUUGAGGCGACUCAAAAAUCGAGGAGAAUGGGGUUUGAAGGGGUGGAGUUCAUUUUUGAGGCGACUCAAAAAUCGAGGAGAAUGGGGUUUGAAGGGGUGGAGUUCAUUUUUGAGGCGACUCAAAAAUCGAGGAGAAUGGGGUUUGAAGGGGUGGAGUUCAUUUUUGAGGCGACUCAAAAAUCGAGGAGAAUGGGGUUUGAAGGGGUGGAGUUCAUUUUUGAGGCGACUCAAAAAAUCGAGGAGAAUGGGGUUUGA